GAAUGAUCCGAAGAGGGAAGAGAGGAACGAAGGGGGAGAGAGGGAGAUGUCGUCGUUGAAGCUAAUCGCUCCGUCAAGCCAAUGGAUUGCCGGGGAGAGGCCUCUCUGCCAGCGGAGGUGCGUCCUUAAGGCGCCGUCCCGGCGGGUCGCCGCAGGGCCGAUCAUGGCUGGAUCGUACACCGACGAGCUCGUCCAGACCGCCAAAUCUAUUGCUUCCCCUGGACGUGGAAUUCUUGCAAUUGAUGAAUCAAAUGCUACCUGUGGCAAGCGGCUUGCAUCGAUUGGUCUGGAGAAUACAGAAACAAAUCGCCAAGCAUAUAGACAGCUUUUGUUGACCACACCUAGUUUGGGUGAAUAUAUUUCUGGAGCCAUUCUCUUUGAGGAAACGCUAUAUCAGUCGACCACAGAUGGGAAGAAGUUUGUGGAUUGCCUGCGUGAAGAAAAAAUAAUGCCUGGUAUUAAGGUUGAUAAGGGCUUGGUCCCAUUACCUGGAUCAAACAAUGAAUCUUGGUGCCAAGGCUUGGAUGGAUUGGCCUCAAGAUGUGCUGAGUAUUACAAGCAAGGAGCACGUUUUGCUAAAUGGAGGACGGUUGUCAGCAUUCCUUGUGGUCCUUCUGCCCUAGCUGUCAAGGAGGCUGCAUGGGGCCUUGCUCGUUAUGCCGCUAUUGCUCAGGAUAAUGGUCUUGUCCCUAUAGUGGAGCCUGAGAUUCUCCUUGAUGGUGACCAUCCAAUUGAAAGAACACUUGAAGUGGCAGAGAAAGUUUGGGCGGAGGUGUUUUACUACCUAGCUGAGAAUAAUGUGGUGUUUGAGGGCAUCCUGCUAAAACCCAGUAUGGUGACCCCAGGUGCCGAGCACAAGGCAAGGGCAUCACCGGAGACCAUUGCAAAAUAUACACUCAAGAUGCUUAACCGGAGGGUACCACCUGCAGUUCCUGGAAUAAUGUUUCUCUCAGGAGGGCAGUCUGAAAUGGAGGCAACCCUCAAUCUGAAUGCGAUGAACCAAGGCCCCAACCCAUGGCAUGUUUCAUUCUCUUAUGCCCGUGCCCUUCAGAACUCUGUUUUGAAGACUUGGCAGGGGCGUCCAGAGAAUGUUGAAGCUGCACAGAAGGCACUCUUGGUUCGUGCAAAGGCUAAUUCCCUUGCUCAGCUCGGGCGGUACUCAGCUGAGGGGGAGCGUGACGAAGCCAAGGCAGGAAUGUUUCAGAAGGGCUAUACUUACUAAGGGAGGCAGCUAUCUCUAUUGGGUUUCCAAAUUUUCCUCUGUUGGCUUUCGAACCAAUACAAGCAUGUAUUAUGUAGUUUAAGAAUCCAUGUGGUUAGAAACAACUUUCAGGAGGAGCAGAAUAAGCACUACUAAGACUGCAAUCUGUGCUGUAGUCGUGAGUGUCAGUAAGGUGCCGUAUGAGUAUGACUAUUUGUUUACAUGAACAAGCAUUUUGAAUCAUUUCUCACUUCAUCAAUGGCAGCAUAAUUCCUGGA